AUGACGCUAAGAAAAUUUGGCUGCAACGGCAGGCGCUGCCCCACGUCGUACAAUAUCCUCGAUAACAGCCAUGUUAUCAGUGAGGGUGGCAAGAAGAAGCUGAAAGAGCUGCUGCACCACUACUACCCCAUCGAAAUCGAUCCCAACCGGAGCCUGGAGGAGAAGCGUCCCCUCAUGGUGGAGUGGUGGACCAGGGCCCACGAGCUGCUGGUGCAGCAGAAGAUCCAGCAGGGUGACAUAGCCCAGAUCGUCAGGGAGUCGGACGUGAUGCUGAGGGACGGCUUCAAGGAGCUGUUCGAGCGGCUGCACAAGCACCACGUCCCCCUCUUCAUCUUCUCUGCGGGCAUUGGCGACGUCCUGGAGGAGAUCAUCCGCCAGGCCAACGUCUCCUACCCCAACGUCAACGUGGUGUCCAACUACAUGGACUUCGGGGACGACGGAGUCCUCAGGCGGUUCAAGGCGCCGCUCAUCCACACCUACAACAAGAACAACAGCGUCCUGGCGGGUACGGAGUAUUUCCAGCAGCUGAGCACCAGGACCAGCGUCAUCUUGCUGGGGGACUCCAUGGGUGACCUGACGAUGGCCGACGGCGUUCCCAGCGUUGAGAACAUCCUCAAGAUCGGCUUUCUCAAUGACAAGGUGGAAGAGCAGCGGGGGAAGUACCUGGAUGCCUACGACGUUGUUCUGGAGAGCGACGAGACGCUGGAUGUGGUCAACGGGAUCCUCCGCUACGUGCUGGGGGAGACGUGA